AUGCUGGUGUCUGCACUUCUUAUGUCCGUUGGGAUAAACUCAUGCCUCUGUGUACUGCUCUUCAUACUCUACUCUAUCCUGAGGAAACAGCCACACAACUAUGAAGUUUUUUUACCACGCCGGCUCGUGGCAGGGACCUCUAAAAGAAGGCGUAACAAAGUCGCAAGGUACAUUCCUUCUGUGCGUUGGAUUUGGAAAGCAUGGAGGCCUUCUGAAAAAGAACUCAUGGAAUCUUCUGGUUUGGACGGCGUUGUGUUUAUGAGAAUGAUUACUUUCAGUUUGAAAGUGUUCUUGUUUGCUGGGAUCAUUGGGGUUUUUGUUAUUUUGCCUGUGAAUGUCUUCGGAGAUCAACUUACACAGAUUAACUAUGCUGACUGGUCUGCCAAUUCCUUGGAUAUUUUUUCUGUUGUUAACCUCAAAACACGCUCCCCAUGGCUAUGGGUUCACUUUGGAGCUAUAUAUCUUGUUACUGCUUUUGUCUGUUGUCUUCUUUAUUUGGAAUUCAGAUAUAUUGGCUUGAAAAGGAUUGAGCAUUUCCAUUCAUCCAAACCUCAGCCACAACAGUUCACCAUCUUGGUUCGUAAUAUCCCUUCUUCUGAUGGAACCACUGUGAGCGACACUGUUGACAGGUUCUUUAGAGAAAAUCAUUUCUCUACCUACCUGUCUCAUGUGGUUAUCCAUCGAACUAGUAAACUUCGAAGCAUCGUUGAUCAUGCCAAGAAGUUAUAUAAAAAAGUUCAUCACAAGAAACAAGAUCCUCAGCGGGUUAAAAAGACUCCAAUGAGAUUCUUCAGUCGCAAGGACACUCCUGAGGGUCACUAUGAGAAAGUAUUACAGGAACUGGAACACAACAUACGUUUGGGGCAAGCUGAAGUUUCAUCUCCUGGAAAAGAAGUUCGAGCUGCUUUUGUAUCAUUCAAGUCUCGUUACGGUGCUGCAAUGGCACUCCACAUGCCACAAUCAGCCAACCCCACUUACUGGCUCACAGAACCAGCACCAGAACCUCACGAUGUCCACUGGCCUUUCUUCUCUGCAUCAUUUAUGCAGAAAUGGCUUUCUAAGAUUGUGAUUGCCUUCGCUUGUCUCAUCCUUACUACCUUGUUUCUUGUUCCAGUCGUACUUGUCCAAGGUCUCACCAACCUGUCUGCACUAGAAUACUUCUUCCCAUUCUUGACAUUGAUCCUAUCAAUGAAAAUUGUAAGUCAGAUCAUAACUGGGUACCUUCCAAGUCUUAUACUUCAGAACUCUCUGAAAGUCGUACCACCCAUCAUGGAGUUUCUCUCUUCUUUCCAAGGGCACAUUUGCCAUAGCGACAUACAAAAGAGUGCUUGCAACAAGGUGAUCUGGUUCACUAUAUGGAAUGUGUUCUUUGCAACUGUCUUCUCUGGCUCAGCCUUCUACAAGCUCUCUGUAAUUCUUGAUCCAAAGGAAAUUCUUUUCAAGUUGGCUGUUGCUGUUCCAGCUCAGGCAUCAUUUUUCAUCGCCUAUGUGGUGACAACAGGAUGGACAGAUACUCUUACUGAACUCUUCCGUGUAGUUCCAUUCAUGGUCAGUUACGUAAAGAGAUCACUCGAACCAACAGAAGAAGAAUUUGAAGUCCCGCCAAUGCGCUACCACAGAGACACCCCAAGGGUUCUCUUCUUUGGGCUACUUGGGAUUACCUACUUCUUCUUAGCUCCGUUGAUUCUCCCUUUCAUCUUUUUGUACUUUAUCCUUGCAUAUAUCAUCUACCGAAACCAGUUCAUAAACGUGUACGAACCAAAGUAUGAAACAGGAGGGAUGUUUUGGCCAAUGAUACACUAUACGAUGAUAUUCUCUCUUGUACUCAUGCACGGUAUCGCAAUUGGUCUAUUUGCACUCAAGAAGAUGGAACUAGCUACAUACUUGCUUAUCCCUCUUCCUGUUAUCACUCUUCUGUUCAACGAGUUCUGUCGUAAACGCUUCAUGCCUAUAUUCACCGCCUAUCCCGCCGAGGUAUUGACAAAGAGAGACAGGGAAGAUCAAAAUGAUCCAAGAAUGGAUGAGUUUUACCAUAACUUGGUAAGUGCGUACCAAGAUCCAGCUCUGCGCCCACUUCUUUUCUCAGGAAGCAGAAACGAUAGCCUCACUAGUCCUCUUCUCUCUUCGACUUCAAGUGAGGUUUGA